AGUUUCUCUUUUGGAUCUUCUGCUCAGCUGCUGAAAUUUAUACUCUCCGUAAUUUGAAGCAUUUUUGUUACAGGUGUUGAUUCAUUGGACGAAGGACGACUAUCAGUCUGAUGGCGGCUCUGACUGAGAACAUGCUGACAGUCAACAUGUUACUGAUUGUCUUCUUUCUACCAGAUGAGAUGUUUGUUCACUUCCUUUCAUUUGGAGAAUGUGCUUUCGCUGACAACUGUGGUUUCAUAAGACUACCUCUCGUCAUCACUACGCCACAUAACAUGGAAGCUCUAAAUGGAUCUUGUUUGCAAAUCCAAUGUACCUAUGACACAAAAUAUUUUGGAUAUGACAGCAGUAAAACUAUUUAUGGAAUUUGGAUGAAAGGUGGUGUAAAUUUUGUGUCCAAUCCAAGCAUCGUUAUUUUCAACAGCAGUGGGUCAAUUAACAAAUAUUCACUGAAUAUGACUGGAAACCUGAAAGAGAAAAACUGCACCACUCUGUUUCCUGAUAUACAAACAAGUCAUGCAGACAAAUAUUACUUCAGAGUUGAGAACGGUGGCUAUUUGGCAACAGCUUGUGCUGAUCCUCUUCAAAUAAAAGUUAAAGAUUCUCCUUGGAGUCCCAGCAUUAAUGUUCCCUCUGACCUGAAGGAGCAUCAGUCUGUCACUGUAACCUGCUCAGCUUUCACUCCCUGUCCACACUCACCUCCUGAACUCACCUGGAAUCUCCAACAAGACUCUCUCAGACAAACAGAGAAAAACACAGAUGGAACCUUUACAACUAAAAUCCAGGAGAACAUCACUCUGUCAGACACACAUGAUGGAUACAACAUCAGCUGUUCUGCCAGAUAUCCUGUGAUUGGAGGAAACAAGACAGCAGAGACAGAAGUGACUCUCAGUGUUUCAUAUGCUCCUAGAAACACCUCAGCAUCCAUCAGUCCAUCAGGUUUGGUGUCAGCAGGUAGCUGGGUGGAGCUGAGCUGCUCCAGCAGAGCCAAACCUCCACCCAGAUUCACCUGGUUCAGGAUCAGCAAAUAUGGAACCUUUAAUGUGUCUGUAGGACAGGUUUUCAGCUUCUGUGUUACUGAGAGAGGAGAGUUUUACUGCAUGGCUACAAAUGAUCUGGGUAAUCAAAGGUCAUCAGUGAUCCUUCUUAGUAUUAAAGAAGACCAAGUGUCUGAAUUCCAGAUCCUUAAUAUAUUGAAGAUCCUGAGCAUUGUAUUGCUCUGCAUUAGCAUCAUCAUCUUUGAGUGCUGGUUCAGAUUCUCCAAGAAACCAAAGAAGGAAACAAACGAGCCAAUCUACGUCAACAACGUGAUGAUGACUGAAGCAUCAUGAGCCAAAAGGAGACCA